AGAGGGACCUGGAAUUUUUAUUUUUAUUUUUAUUUUCCCCUAGAUGGCUGAUACUGGACCUAGACACUUUCAAGAUCCAGUCUCACCUUAUGUUUUUCGAUACGUCGCACAACUCGCGUCGCGGCGUGCUCGCAAACAUCUAUGCCGCUUUUGCCGAGACAGCGACCAAGAUGUGGGCCUACGCCCGGUGCAUGACCCGCCGUCCUGGCACGGCGAUUGUCAUCGGUACGUGUGCUGCUACCACGGCCUUGUCAAAUAAGGGGAGGGGAAGGGAAGAAAAGUCGAGGCUCACUUUGCUGUUCACGUAGAUACGAUCCGGACCUUGAUCGACGUGUCGUUUGUGCUCCUGACGAGCAGGUCGAGGAGGGAGCGCUAUCCCGGAUAUGUGUGCCAUGUCAGCAAGGGGGAGGUUACUUGGUACG